AUGAUCAAUUAAGUAUGCGAUUAUCAUCCUGAACAAAAAAUUACUAUUUUGUGUUUAUACAAUUCAUGUUCAGAGGAUCGUCUAGGAUGCUAGAAGUGUCUUCUCUCAUAGCACAAGUCGCAUAUCAAGAGUUGUGUGUUAAUAUCAGAAAUCUAAAAGAAAUAACAUUGCGUCGAAUUAUUUGCUAAUACUCAAAAUGAGCAAUAAAUAAUCAAGUUUUCAGAGGAUGAAUUAGUCCAUAAGGACAAACUCAAUAAAAUCACAAUCCAAUUGCAAUAAUCAUUAAAAGGUUGUUUAAACAUAUAUCAGAUAUUUAGGAUAUCUCAAGCAGAUCAAAUUGGAUCUAUUGGAGUAGGAAUCCAAACAAAAAACAAUUUAGAUGAAGCAUAAUAAAGAAAUCUUAAAUUCUUACUUCAAUUCUUAUGAGUUUGAGAAAUUAAAGGAGUAGCUAACCAAAUUCAAAGCUGGUUAAUCAACAGAAGACCAAGUAUGAUUGUUCCCACUAUUAGAUUAAUGAUUUUAUCUCUCAAAUAAUCAAGGAUCGAUAAAAUUUAUAGAAUGUUUGCCAGAACUAAUUAGUGCAGGGAUCCAAACAGAAUGGAUUGUCCUAAGAAUUUAAGGAUAUGGUGGUAACAGAAGUCUGCAAUUCAUUGGAGUCUAUCAAAAACUUUAUGAGAAAAGAUGAAUGUAAAUACAGUAUCAAUAUUUUAAUAGCAAUCUUUUUCUAUAAAUCCCAACUAUCACAAGAAGAAGAUGCUAAUAUCCAAGAGACCAUCAAGGGAAAAUAGUUUAUAUUCAACGAUUAAGAUGAAGUGCAAUUGAUUUAUGGAUCAUGCACACUCUCAAAAGGAAUUUAUGAAUUCCAAAUUGCUAUCGAAUACCUACAAAGUGAGUAGUAGAAACAAGAGGAAUAAUCGGAAGGACUGGCAUCCAUUGUGAAUAAUUCAGCUCAAUUGUAUAAUCCAUACUCUUAACAUACCAUUGGUGGACAUAUCAGUAAUUCUGGGAUAUUCGCACAAUAGGAAUAUCAACACUUGCAUAGAGUUUACAUCGGAGUAGUGGAGGAUUUGGUCAAGGAUCAAAUGGCCACUUAUUCCAUAAUGUAUUAAACACAGUAAUGUUGUGCUGUCGACAUUGUGAGAGGAGCAGCCAUUGGGUCAUUUCAUAUGAAAUAAUAGUUAGGCGAGAAGAUAGAACCAAUUUAGUCAUUGUUUAAUAAAAACAUGAAGAAGGGAUUGGUCCUGGCGUUCAAGAUUAAUUUAGAUGAAAAGUAUGAUUCACAAUUAUAAAAUGUUAGCAAACUCAUUUUGACAGAUAGUGAAGGCAAAACUAGGUAUGAAGGACAAUUGUACACGAUGACAGGAGACAAUAUUAAACCUUAUAUCUUAAUUUACAAGAGCAAUGUUAAAGUAACGAUUAAUUGAGUUUAAAAAUAUUUUUUAUUUAAUCAAUCAU